UGAGGAGCUGAGAAUCGCAAAUAUGCCCCGGAUGGAAGGCGAGUGCAGUGUAACUCCAAGCGAUGGCAUUUGUUUAGAGACGCUCUUCGAAAUUUCGUGCGAGGGCGUUGUGCACGUUGCACCUGUCAGGUACACGCUGUACCAGAACGAUUCAGGUUUUGUCGUUCCUUUGAGCGAAAAUGUCGACGGAAGCUUUUCUCUUCAUUUGCCGAGUAGUGCCAGAAAGCUGUUUGUUAAAAUUGAAGAUCCGGAGGGGCUGUACAUUGUUAAAGAAUUAUCAGUCAAGGUAUUCCCGGCCAGUGCGGGGACUCUGGAUCGCUACCAUGAGAGCAUUAGCCAAAUUAAAGCGUCCGGAAAUAUCGAACAAGCAGUUCAACUUAGUUACAUAACAUCUGAGGAAGCGAAGACAACUGAACAAUCGGAAGUGGUGCAUAAAACAGAAUUGAAGAAGAAGAUAAUUCAAGAAUUAAGCCAAAUACCCAUUAAAACCCAAAACGAUGUUCUUCAGGUCGCCGCGGUCAGUAGAAACCUAUGGGAAAUAGAAACGCCCUACGAUCGGGAAUUUGAGAAGGUUUCCGUGCAACUAUCGGCGAAAAUUGCCGAAGAUCAGUUGAAGCUCUUGCAAGAAGCUCCAUAUCCGAGUACGUUUCACUUAGACGUUUCUAACGCCAUUCCAUCCUUGACGUGGGUAGCAAACCAGAGCCUAAGUCCCCAGUUGGAGGAUGUGCUUGUUGAUGAUAUUGUAUUUGAAUUAACCACCCCCGAUGUCAUGUAUCCGAGUAUGUCGGAGGAUUAUCCAGUUUACCACGACGCAGACCUGAAUUAUUUAAAAAAAUUAGGAGACCACAAGGAGAUAACAAAAUGUGCCAUCGCCACCUUGUCAUUAUCAGGGCUUGGUGUAGGGCUGACGUUAAUACCUGGAGAGCCAAUUUAUCAGGCAAACAGUCCAAAUACAAUUAACGUGUUAGCCGGUAGUGGCAGACUUCUGUCCAACGUAAUGGUGGGCGACUACGAAACCGGUUUUCUUAUCGCGGCAUCGCCCAGCCUGGCCAAUGAAACUAAAGCCAUUGGCGUGAUCGUAGCAUAUCCGCAAAAUCCCUACUGGUGGCACCCCAUAAACCUCUCCACGAUUGUUGUAAACGCCAACUACUACAAUGGAAAGCAUCAGGUCAUUAACACCGAGAAACCCCUGCAAUUACUGCUCAAAGCAAACUGGACUGAUCCAUUAAUAUUCCACUCAACAGUUACAGUACCGCCCUCAAACGAGUGGCUGCCCAACUACAUCGCGGUGCAUCGCAUCGACGUAAAGCAGGGGGCUGCGUUGAUUGUGCAUUUUUAUAACCUGCACGAAAACACUUUUGAUAUUGCUUUCACUUACAACAGAAGGCCAAACCUCGCAGACUUCUCCAACAAAGUCACAAUAAAUAAAACUACUCCUUGGGCAUUAUUCCUUUAUCCUACAGACCUCAGGGAUUUUGGCGACGCUUGGUUCUACAUAGGCGUCCUUCCCAACAACCAAAUGCUGGAGGACGGAAUGGCUAAUGUAUCCUUGGCGUACGAAAUAUCUUUCACCACUCCAAUUUGCCAUUACUGGAGCGAUAACUUUGAAGAGUGGAUUUCAUCAGAUUGCCAGACCGGCGAACUGACAAAUAAGGAUCAAAUCCACUGUUUCUGCACGCACCACUCCUCCUACGCCGGAAGUUACCUUAAUCCACGUCACAAGUUCGACCCCUAUUACGAGGUUAAAUUUGUACUGCAAGCCCAAGUCAACAACCUAAUCUUCAUAUGGGUUCUGAUAAUUUUUCUGCUCUACUGCACCGCUUUGAUGUGUGGCCUGAAAGUUCCGGCAUACACAGAUCGACAGGUUCUAUUUCUGCCAGAUAACGUUGAAGAAGGAUACGCGUAUUUGGUUAUUGUAAAAACCGGAUCGCAAUUCUUCUCGGGUACCUCGUCAAACAUCGGGCUCGUAAUUUAUGGGUUGGAAGAGUGCAGUAAGGCGCAUUUGCUGAAUUAUCCAGAUCCCAACGAGAAGCUUCUGCAAAGAGGCGGUGAGGACUGGUUCGUCUUAACCAGUGGGAAAUGUUUGGGGGAGAUCGAUUAUAUUUGGCUGUGGUUUGACUCGGUGGGCCAGCGGCCUUCGUGGUACUGCGAGUGGGUCAAAAUCCUUGAUGUGACAACCGGACAGGAUUGGUUCUUUGACGUACAGGCACUGUUAGCCGUUACGGAUGACGGCUACUGUCGUGUCGCUGUUAGUCCUUCGUCAAAGGUGCGGAAGACGGGAUGGGUUACUUUUAUCAAUCAACACGCUUGGAAUGUGACUCAAACCACAAUUGGCAAACUGGGUUAUCAAGAACGCAUAACGGUGGUAUUAUCGACUGUUUUGACUACAUCAUCAUUUAGUCUUCUUCUACACAAUCGACCAUCGCUGAGGUUGUUGUACGGUCUUGGACAAGGUCACUUCUCCUACAAGCCCGAGCUACUUGCACUAGCCAUUUUAAGUGCUUUAGCCUCAUUUGGUAUUAAUCGCGUAUUUUUUACGUUCUUCAGCAAUAGCGAGCACUAUCUGCUGACUUGGAUAGGGCUGAUAGCAACGAUUCUAAUUAAUCUUGCCUAUCUCAUACUGUUUGGGUUCGGAAAUUCGAAUGUAACGGCGCUAAUGUGGAUGACCUCUACACUAUCAUCGCUAGUCCAAGUCGUACUGUUGGAGACCCUUUACGGAUUGUUAAACCGGGCGCAAUCUCAGGAAACUCCAAUUGAUCUCCGCGAAGUUCUGGCGGAGGCCCAACGACAAAAGCACAAGCUGAACGAAAAGUUUGGACCUUCACUUUUACGUCCGUACUUUACUACGAAAUACCGAGCCUUAACCGUCGAGGAAUGGAAGGCAAAGCGCGAAGUGGAAAUGGAACGCUAUAGACUGGCAACACUGCUGCAGGACCUUUUCAUGUUCAUUGUCUACAUUGUGCUGCUUUACCUCGUUGUAUUAGCCAAUCGGGACACUCGGAUUGUCUAUGGCAAUGAAUCCAUAAAAAAUUUGAUGGUUUCGGAAGAUUUCGAGGACAUUAAGGAGAUCGAUGACAUUUACGAGUACGUAAACGAAAGUUUGAUACCGACGCUUCACUCCACUCGCUGGUACGGAGCGUGGACGACUAACGAGCCCGGUCUGAUGGCCGAUUUCAACACGAAAAUUUUGGGGGUCGCGCGACUGCGGCAAGUGAGAGUGAGCGAGGAUUGCAUAUUUUCGUCCCAUUUUCAAGCCGAGUUGUUGUGCUUACCCGAGUACGCCCAAGGUCACAAUGACGUACUCGGGUACGCGGAAUAUUGGGAGCCGCUUACUCAAGUUGCGGUUCCGAGAUUCGCUGACGCUUGGAGGUACAAGGUUGAUGGGAUGAACACGUUUGGUUUCAUGGGUGGGUACCCCAAUGGCGGCUAUGGGGCGCUAUUAGGACGCACUUUGUACAACUCUUACUAUAAUCUUCACUAUCUUGAAGAUACCCAAUGGGUCACACGCAGUACCAGAGCGGGUAUUAUCGAGUUUUUGGCAUACAACGCUAAUUAUAAUGUAUUUCACGUUGUCACGUUGAUCGUGGAAAGUAGUGCUACUGGUCUCAUAACCACAUCCUCCCAAAUCUUAACCGUUCGGUUACUCUUUGUAAAGCAAGAAUUCGAACUAAUGAUCGCAGUCGAAUGUGCGGCUUUUAUUAUCGUGACGAUGAUUAUGCUAACGAAAAAUUUGAUCAUCGCCAAGAGACGUUGGUCCAGCUACAUUCGAAGUACGUGGAAUAUUGUAGACGUCGCCAUAAUCGCCAUGAGUUUGCUGUGCGUUGGGAUUUACUACCAUCGGUCUGACUUGGUGGGGCAGUUUCUCUAUCAGCUGGAACGGGCGAGAAACAAUCAGUUUUUGGGUUACUUCCAUUUGGUGAGCAUGGAGCGUUUCCUGACGGUGCUUGGGGCAGCUCUAAUUUUUGUCGCAACUGUGAGGUUGUGGAAAUUCCUAAGGUUUAUAGCAGGAUUUCGUGUAGUGGAGAGGACGUUUGAAAUGUCGGCGAUCUUCUUGUUGGGCUUAUGGGUUUGUCAUUGCAUAUUCAUUGCGAUGUACACGAUUUUGGGGACUAGCCUUUUUGGAUCGCGACUGGAUGAUUUCCAUACGUUUUUUUCUACUUUUCGAACUCUGGCGUUGCUUUCGAUGGAUCUAUACGAAGACUUCGACUUUUUGCACUUUGUCGAGGUCGGCGGCUUUCUUGCCAUGAUUUAUUACUCGUCAUUCAUAUUUAUAAUGCUGAUGGUUUACACGAUGUACGUUUCCCUGUUAGUGCUUUGCUACUCCGAUAGUACCAGCCACUUCUCCAAUUUACACCAUUCGCGCGAUGUUGCAGAGUUCUUUACCGGCGAGUGUAGAUACUACAACGCCGUAAUACAUCGAUACAUCGGGAAUUUUAGGCUUGAGGCUGGAGAUGACGAAGAGAAGCGCAAAGUGACGCCCAAAAGCGACCAACACCGGUACGCAAAUGUUGUAACGGUUUCUGAACGAAAGCUACGUGCAAUGUCAGCUGUUACGCAAAGUCUCAUUGCCAAACGCGUUGGUGGAGAACGCAGCAUCGACCUGAUAGCCAAUUUGCUCUACUACCUUGUGACCAAAGAUGAAGUCGACGAUAACAAAAUGCUUGGAUUCAUCGACCAGCAAGACCAUGGUUCACAAAUUGUCAGCGAUUACCGUCUUUUACAAAUGGAGUACGCUGCCAAUUACAUUAUCGCGGCAGGUACUGAAGAGGACUCGCGGAUCGAAACUUUUGAGCCAAUCAGCAAACAACGUUCGGAAAAUGCACUCACUCGUCAAUUAAACGACAUACUGAAAGCUCUAAAGCUGUUAAAAAAAGUUUUGAAAAGCAUUAAGGCCACUUCGAAGACUCUACGGUGCGACUGUUCUUGUAGAAGGAAACGGAACUAUUUUAUACAUUCUGUUAAAAAUAAAGAUUAA